CUGUACACACGGCCGAACUUGCGGGUUUCUGUCCGCCGCACGCUCAGAAAGCAAAGUGCAAUCGUCCGAGUUGGUCGUCAAGUUGGUUUUCUACGCGCGUCCGCGACUUUCCUAGCGAUUCUCUCUCUCUUUUGGAUGUGUAUGUGCGCGAAUUAAAAGUUUAAGAAAGGAAGGAAGAAGAAAAGUUGGAGGUGUCAGAAUUUGGAGAAUGUUUUCAGAUGGUGGAACCGAUCGCUGAUUGUGCCGUGGUUGUCCUCUGAGAGAUCCAGAGGGACGGAAGUGUCGCGCGGAGCGUGCCAGCAAGGAUUGACCGGGACCGGUUCCGUUGUUAGCGAGAAACCACCCCGGAGAAGAAGAAGAAGAACAAGAAUAGUGUUGUGUCGAGAGUGCAAAUCGUGCUGCGGGUGAAUAUUUCAAAGUUACAAUAUUCAUCCGUCGUUGUCGAGAACAACACAUGCAAAACAGUUCCAUACACUCAUACGAAAACAGUGUUGAAAUCUUUUUUGAUCGGGUUGUUUGUUGGAUAAAUCCCACCACACGGUGAAAACGCAGCAACCAGCGAAAAGUUGAACACAAAAACCGUCAUCGCAGCCGCCACCGCCGUCGUCAUUACCAUCAUCAACGGAGGGACGUCGACGACGACGACGACUACUACGAUUACGUCAAAAUGGCGCAUCAAAUGAUGCCCCAGUCAGUGAACUGCUCACUGGAUGAUAUCGAUCUGAACGCGUUGAAGGACCCCGCCGGGAUCUUCGAGCUAAUCGAAGUGGUCGGAAAUGGAACCUACGGACAGGUUUAUAAGGGUCGCCACACAAAGACUGGACAACUCGCUGCCAUUAAGGUGAUGGACGUCACCGAGGAGGAGGAGGAGGAGAUCAAGCUGGAGAUCAACGUGCUCAAAAAGUACUCCAACCACCGGAACAUUGCCACGUACUAUGGUGCAUUUAUCAAAAAGACGUCCGCCGGUAAGGACGACCAGCUGUGGCUGGUGAUGGAGUACUGCGGGGCCGGUUCCGUCACCGACCUGGUCAAAUCGACCAAGGGCCAGAGCUUGAAGGAGGAGUGGAUCGCGUACAUCUGCCGGGAGAUCCUGCGGGGGUUGAGCUACCUGCACACGAACAAAGUGAUACAUCGGGACAUCAAGGGCCAGAACGUGCUCCUGACGGACAACGCCGAGGUCAAGCUGGUGGACUUUGGCGUGUCGGCACAGCUGGACAAGACCAUUGGCCGGCGGAACACCUUCAUCGGAACGCCCUACUGGAUGGCGCCGGAGGUCAUCGCAUGCGACGAGAACCGGGACGCCACCUACGACAAUCGGUCCGACCUGUGGUCGCUGGGCAUCACCGCACUCGAGAUGGCCGAGUCACAGCCUCCGCUGUGCGACCUGCACCCGAUGCGUGCGCUCUUCCUCAUUCCCCGCAAUCCGCCGCCCCGGCUCAAGUCGAAGAAGUGGUCCAAGAAGUUCCACGGAUUCAUCGAUACGGUGCUAGUGAAAGACUAUCAUCAACGGCCUUACACGGAACAGUUGCUGAAGCACCCGUUCAUCAAGGAGCAACCCACGGAAAGACAAGUGCGGAUACAGCUGAAAGACCAUAUCGAUAGGUGUAAGAAGCGCAAGCAGGAAAAGGAACGGGACGACUACCGGUACUCGGGCUCCGAGAACGAGGAGGAGGAACUGCCUACGGCCGGGGAGCCCUCGUCGAUCAUCCAGGCGCCCGGCGGUGACACGCUGCGGCGGAACUUCCAGCAGAUCCAGGAGGGCCGGACGCUGAUGCAGAACGCCGAACAGCAGCAGCCGCCGAACGCCAACCGGAACCAGAAGCCACAGCAGCGAGACGAGCGGAGUAAACAGCAAUCGGUGGAGGAGCCCGGUCCUCCGUCGCGGCCAGUUCUACCUCAGCGGUUGAUAGUGGUACCGGACCCGCCGGCAAAUGCCAACGCGAACCGGCCGCUGCCACCGACGCCUCGGUCCGGCAGCGGAUCGUCCUCCCAGCAGCAAGCGCAACAACAGCAGCCAUCGUCCCAGCAGCAGACGCCUCAGCAACCCCCGCGAAACUCCCAGAACAUCUUCAAGCCAAUGCUGCCACCACGACGACCAGAGGAUUUGGACAUGUUAGCCGCACAACUAAAUGAAUUGGGCGUCUCCCAACAGUCACAGCCUCAGGCGCAACCGGAAGCCCCGCCCCGGAACAACCGGCAACAGUCGUCGUCUCAGUCACAGCCCCAGCAGCAGCCGCUUCCCCAACUCCCUCAGCAGCAGUCCAGCGGAAGUGGUAAGCCCGGGGUUGGCAGCGGUGCCGCCAACGGCAAUAACAAUAACAACAAUCACCACCACCAUUCGAGCGGCGGCGUCGGUCAACCGAUCAACCCGCUGGAUCCGAUCGAGAGCUCCGACUCGGACUCGGAACCGGAAGAGCCGAACGAUCGGGCGCGGAACGACGGCACGCUGCUGGCCAGCGACCCGCCGAAGCCACUUCCCGAAUUCUCCUAUAGGCCCGGUGGACUGGGAGUGCUGGCCGAGUCGGACCAGAACAACCAAUCGGUGACGACGACCACGCCCGGGGGCAGCGUGCUUUCGCCUCCGGGUGGCGGUAGUGGGGGUGGUGGUGGCGGCCCCCCGAACCGACCCCUGCCACCCACGCCCGACGACGACGACGCCCAGGGCGACCGGACGCUGAUCAAGAGGAACUACGACAACAAGUCGACCUCGUCGAUCGGAACCACGACCUCCUCGACCGGUUCCACCGGCUCAACCCCGUCCGAGUGCGAGGAAGCCGUCCUGCUGCGGGACUGGGACUUUGAGCGAUUCUUUCCGUCCAACGAGCGACCACGACCCCACCAGCGCCACUCAAUGUCCGACAAGUCCUCGUCGUCUUCGCCGGCCGAAUCCAGCAGUCGGCUGAACGGUGCCGCAGGCCAAGGCCUGGACAAGUUCCGCAAGGAGCGCGAAAACAGCAAAGUGUCCAACCUGGCGUACGCCGAAAAGAAAAAGGUCGAAGAGAUGAACAACAAGAUCCGGCUGGAGGAACGGGUCAAAAGUGAGAUCUUUGCCCGCCAGUACCGCAGUCAGCAAUCUCCCGGCAAGUCCGGCCCGCAACAACAGUUCCUUGCUCCGUCCCAAUCUCACAAACGUCAGGAGUCUGACUCUAAACUCUCGCUCAACUUUGUACGCGGCUUCCGGCGGGAAAACUCGGACUUUUUCCCACUGUCCAAGCGCCACUCGGCCAUCCUCGGAGACCAGAGCGCACCCACCGUCGUCGGCGGUGGACUCGGCAAGCAAAUGUCCUCCAGUGCGAUCCACCAGCAACUUCAGCACCAACACCCCCACCACCAGCAACGGUCCAGUGCCAUAUUCUCGCGGAACCGAGGCACCUCCAAGGGCGAACCCAUUCUGACGGACUUCACCGUGACCAAACGGGGCGCCGAUGGCGAUGACCACAGGCCGCGAACGCCUCCACGGCAAACGACGACGACGGCCGCUGCUGCUGUUCCCGCCUCCAACGGCCGGCAAGCCACUCCGGCGUCCCGAAAUCUCGACUUCCUGAGGCCUCGCCGCGAGAAAACCGAAUCCGUGAUUUUUGUGCGUAAUUCGCCCACGCGGCAGCAACUGAUCGACAGUCAGAACCGAGUCGGCGGCGAAAACAGCAGCCUGGGAACCCCUGGCCAACGCACCAGCAGUGUCCUGCCGGAUCUACUGAGCCAAGCGUCCCCGGCGACGCCACCCCGCCACGACAAGUCCGCCAGUGAAGAGUACCGGGCAGCCGUCAGUUCCUCCGUCAAUUCCACACCCUCCAAAUCCUUCAUCGGCCAGAUCAACAACAACAACAACAAUGGUGGCCAUCAUCAUAACAACAACAACAACAACAACAACAACAGUAGCAACAACAACAACAUCAGCCACAGCAAUAACCAUAACCUUAACAAUAGCAGCGGCGGCGGUGGCAACUCGUCGCCCAACUCGACGGUGUCGAACUCGUCCUCUUCCUCCCACCAUAACAGUCCAAACCACUCGAUUAACAUAAGAAAACUAAAUAUCCAUAACCAACUCUUGCAUAGUAGCAAUAAUAACAACAACAAUCAUUUACCUCCCUAUCAACAACAUCUGUUGCACCACCACCACCAACAACAACAACAACAACAACAUCACCACCUUCAACAACAAUCGUCGCAACCGGCGUCGCUAAACUCCGGAAUCGGUGCCGGAACGCCCCUGCCCCUCCCCCCGUACGCACUGGCUCUGCAACAGAAGCAGCGGAGCUUCCUGACGUUCGGCUUUAGCGCGGGUUCGGGCGGUUCGGCGGCCACGCGGCGCGAAAGCCACGUCAACGUCAACGUGACGCCAACCUCGCACGACGCCGCCAGCGAUACGCCCGAGAUUCGCAAGUACAAGAAGCGCUUCAACUCGGAGAUUCUGUGUGCGGCCCUGUGGGGCGUCAACCUGCUGAUCGGCACCGAGAACGGGCUGAUGCUGCUGGAUCGGUCCGGCCAGGGAAAGGUGUACCAGCUGAUUUCGCGCCGGCGGUUCCAGCAGAUGGAGGUGCUCGAGGGCCAGAACAUUCUGGUCACCAUUUCCGGCAAGAAGAACCGCGUCCGCGUGUACUACCUGUCCUGGCUCAAGUCCAAGAUUCUGCGAACCGACGGAAUGGGAGAUCAACAAGUGGAGCGCCGCAACGGGUGGAUCAACGUGGGUGAUCUGCAGGGUGCGGUCCACUUCAAGAUCGUCAAGUACGAACGGAUCAAGUUUCUGGUGAUUGCGCUCAAGGACUCAAUCGAGAUCUACGCGUGGGCGCCCAAACCGUACCACAAAUUCAUGGCAUUUAAGAGUUUCGGUGAGCUGAUGCACCGCCCGCUGCUGGUCGACCUGACCGUGGAGGAGCAAACCCGGCUGAAGGUGAUCUACGGCUCGGCGGAAGGCUUCCACGCGGUCGACCUCGACUCGGCCACGGUCUACGACAUCUACCUUCCUAAGCAUACUCAGGGUCCAAUCUCGCCGCACUGCAUCGUGACGCUGCCCAACUCGAACGGCAUGCAGCUGCUGCUGUGCUACGACAACGAGGGCGUCUACGUGAACACGAUGGGCCGCGUCUCCAAGAACAUCGUGCUGCAGUGGGGCGAAAUGCCGACGUCGGUCGCGUACAUCGGCACCGGCCAGAUCAUGGGCUGGGGCAACAAGGCAAUCGAGAUCCGUUCGGUCGAGACCGGCCACCUGGACGGGGUGUUUAUGCACAAGAAGGCCCAGCGCCUCAAGUUCCUGUGCGAGCGCAACGACAAGGUGUUCUUCAGCAGUGCCAAAGGUGGUUCGUCGUGUCAGAUCUACUUCAUGACGCUGAACAAGCCCGGUAUGGCCAACUGGUAAAUCAGGACCACCAGAAGGAUGACGACGAGUAGGAAUGCGCGAGAACCAGAGUGAAUGUGGCAGUGUGUUAUUCGUUUAUUUUUUUAUUUUUGUUCGCGUGAGAAUCGUGAGAGUCAAAAAACAUUUACCCGUUCUAUACAAUUUACAAAAAGCAAGUAAACAGUGGGGAGGAGGAGAAACCAACAAGCCGGCGCAGCCAGUGUGCGCUGUGUAACAGUAAGUCAUUCAAAUGGUGUUUUAUACAAAAGCUCUUUUAUGGUAGUUUCGUUGACUUUUCUUCCCGGUAUUUAAAGAAUCUACGAGUAGGCAAGCAAGCUCUAGCAUGCAGCAGCAGCAGCACAGAACGUAAAGCAAGUAAAACAAACAUGUGUUAGUGAGACAAGUGUAAAGCAGAAAUCGUAUAUAUUACUUAUACUAUUAAGCGAUUAAGAAGAAAAAAAAAACAGCAAAUCAAGAAAGGAUUGAAGCGAGCAGUCCUUUACGUAAAA